AUGGGAUAUGAAGAGUUAGGGAUGUUUGAGAGUGCAGAUCGAUGCUGCCGCGAGCAUGACCAGUGUAUGCAUGUCAUCCCAGCCUUUACGGUGAAUUAUGGGGUCUUCAACUCCAACUUCUUCACCGUGUCACACUGUGACUGUGACCGAAGGUUUCGAGAGUGCCUCUUUGGUGUGAACGAUACCAUCUCCAGCAUGGUGGGCUACAGCUUCUUUAACAUCCUAAGGAUCCCCUGUUUUGAGCUCAUACGACAGAGGCGCUGUGUCAAGAUGUACUGGUGGGGAAUGUGCAAAGUAGCCAAAAAGGCCCCAUACGCUGUUUUCAAAAACCCCUUCUCAUACAACACCACCCGCACAACAAGCAAAUAUCGUGAAAAACCAUAUGGCAAUGAGUCGUCAAAUAUUAAGGAACACCAUGUAAAGGAAAGACCUCCGACCGUUUCAGUCACAAAGUCGCCCAAAAGUGAACGCAGAUUGACAAUGGCGCAGAGGCCCAGUAAGACAUCACUGAAAUCAGAGACUACAGCAAAACUCUGGAGUACAGCUACUACUGCAUUUCCCAUCCAAGGAGAACUAAAGCCAGGUCUUCUAACACAAACAGCAGCCAACCAUCAUCAGAAUGGCAAGUCUCCAAGGCAAAGAAAUACCAAUGCACUACGGGACAAGAUGAAACAGAAGCCCAUAAUAACAGACAACCGGCUCGUCUGUGGAAUCCUCAAACACUUGGAUCGAUGUCAGCACAAAAUCCUUCCUCUGGAGAAGAAGUAUGGUCUGCAAAACAUGGAGUCAAAGACCGUCUAUCACUGUGAUUGCACCAGUCGGUUGGCGGGUCAGAUUGAACAUUUCAAGGCGCCCAGCAUCCUCCCGUCUCUCCUGAUGGAUUUUGUCUCCAGAUACUGCUUCAAACUACCAACAGAGACAAAAUGCCACAACAGAAAAAGGUUUUAA